AUGGCAAUAGGACAGUUUUGCUACGAGCAGAAACGCUUAGAGAACGAUCUCAUCUCAUUGGAGCCAUUUGACCUGAACGAAGUAGAGCUGAUCUCAACCGGACAUAUGCAGCAAACUAUCCAUAUAGCAAAAUUCUUCGAGGAAGUCAAAUCCAACCCAGACCUAAUCAAAUACGUCGCUUUUCCCCAAACCGAAACAGAAGAACAGUUCAUCAAAGAUAUAUACACGCCCCUCCACAACGCACCAGGUGAAUGCCUCUACGCCAUAAUAGACAAAUCCAAAAUUCAAGCCUCCACUACAGACCCCGAAAAGAAAAAUGCAUACGCGGGGACCAUAGCCUUGACAAACACCGAUAAGAGCAACUCAAUCACCGAGAUAGGCAUCAUGAUCUUCAAGUCCUUCCAGCGUACACAUAUCGCGACAAACGCCGUCGGGCUUUUACUGCAGUAUACUCUUGACCCAAUCCCAGCUGGUGGGCUAGGUCUACGUCGCGUAGAGUGGAAAAGUCAUUCUGAGAACAUCGCGUCUCGUAAUGCGGCAUUGCGAAUGGGGUUCGAAUUCGAGGGUACUUUACGAUGGCAUCGGGCUUUCUCGCUGGGGGUUCCUGUUGAAGCUCUUGAGAAGCGGAAUGGGACUACGGGGGAAUUACUGGGGAGACAUACUGCUAUUCAUUCUAUUGUUUGGGAUGAAUGGGAUGAGAAACGCCCGAAAGUCGUUGCUUUGAUGGAAAAGAAGUACUAA